UCACCGGCACUGCGGUACGGUCCCGUCUCCCUACGGCGGUCUCCGGGAGCACGGCUUCUUCUUGGCGCUGGAGCACUGCUGUGGCGCUGUCCCGGGUAUGUGGCAGCACGCCCGAGACGUGGAAGCGACGACUGGUUAUUCAAUUAUAUAAAUGCGAGUAACCACGCGCCCCGAGGCCCGUCACUGAGCUCUUUUGCGGCUAACAAUAAUUGCAAGCGCGGAGCGCUGCGCUAGUAUCUGUGUACACUAGCUAGCUCGCUCCGCGGUUUGCGACGCAGCUUGCUUGCUGCCGCGUGUUUCCGUCUUUCGGGCGGUCUACAGCGCCGCAGCAAUCCAGCUGAGCAUCAAUUCCAUCGCUUCGGCUCGUCUGCCGGAUGUUUGUGGUGGACAAGCUGUGAGACCAUGGUGAGCUCUCUCAAGGAUAAAUGGCGGAAAAUUUCGCAGAAUAAAGGCUUAGCAAUUGUUAGAUUUCUGAAGGAUAAGAUUCGCAAAAACAGGGAUUGGACGCCGCGGGGAUUGGACGACCGCCGGACGAUGCAGGGAUUGGCGCGAUGCGCCCUGAGAGAAUUCGACGACCAAGAGUAUGGCAGAUGUAUUGAAAUGUUGUCAAUAUGGCCACGCGGACGCAAGGCGCUCAAACAUAUGCUACGUUUACGGCCAGGCAUCGCCUCGGCGAGCGAAGGCCGGACUCGCGGUGCGCUGUUGCAUUAUGCUGUUCCUGAUCGCCUAGACUUCGUCGUGGCGUUGCUCGAGGCGGGCGCCGAUCCAAAUGCGCGGUCCAAAUGGCUCGAUUGGACGCCGCUGUUCCACGCCACAGUCGAAAAUGUUAAGCACGGUGCGAGCGUGGUGACGAGCUUGCUAGAACAUGGUGCCGACCCGAACGCGAAAAGUGCCGAGGGCAUGACGGCACUUCACCACGCGGCGCGCCAUAACAAUGUAGCCAUCUGUAAAUUACUCAUCGCAGCCGGUAGCGACGUUAAUGCUAAAGACAACGAAGAUUGUGCGCCGCUGGAAUUCGCUGCGGAGAACAAGACCCCCAAAUGCAUCGAGACCCUCCUCGCCGCGGGCGCAGAAUUGACUAGCGAUGUUGUUGAGGCUGCGAUGUGCGAAGGGAGCCCCCGAGGGCUCCAUUUGUUGUUCCGCGCCGAACCGUGCUGUGUGCACUGGGCAUUCUACUCGAUAGACCGAGACGCCCUGUGCAUCAACGUCGAAUAUCUCAACCGAAUCCGCAAAGCAGCUGUUGACGCGCAGUUUUUCGUGCGCCCGGGCGAGACUGCCUCCGAGGAUCGCGAUCGUUUUGCUCGCUCAGUCGACGCCCUGAUUACUAGUGAGCCGCAAAUCAGCAAGCACCGCAAGCGAUGCGCAGAAUGCGGUAAAUUAGUGAGCCGCGGUGCUUGCAGAUUUGCUGCAUACGAGGAAUACGAGCGCGACCAGCUGCGCGCUCUCACGACCAUCGUCCAGCGCAUCGUCGGUCAUCGUGUUCCCGCGGAGAUCGGCGACAUCAUCGUCGAAUAUUGGGGUCAUCCGGGGAGCUAUGUCGUGUUCUAAGAAUUUGUGAAAUGA